AUGGAUGCUGGGGAUGUUGUGGACGCCGCGGACCCUGUGGACAGCGAACCCGUCUUCCUGAAGGAGACAGCCCAGGAGCCCGAUGAAGGAUGCGAGAUGAUGAGGACCCCCGGGGGUCUUUGCGAGGUGGCCACGCCCUCCGCCGACGCCUGUGCGCUGAAAAAGGGCGAGAUCCGAGCCGCUCCAGACAUGACUCAGUCCUUUGCCAGAGAGAGCCUGCCCUCCUUCAUCAUUUGUAAUGAUGUCAGGACCCAGCUGCAGCCGGACAAGCUGAAGGUGGUCUGGACCCGGAGGAACAGGCGCAUCUGCUCGAAGGGGCGCUUGCCUUGCAGUCGGGCGCCCCCACCCCCUUUAUUUUCAAAGAGCAGAGGGGGCACCCCCCCUCUUCGGCUCCAGCCGUAUAGGCGAGCUCCUGGGGGGACCCCAGAGACGCUCAGCGGGUGUGCUUCUGUGCUUCCAGAGAUCCAGAGGGAGCUGGGCACGCUGGCUGAAGAGGAGGACGACUCCAGCGCCGCCUGUCAGGGGUCAAAGGUCAACGCCGGCGCCCAGGAAAGCGAGUGGGUCCCCACUGUCAAACCGGCCCCCCGCCCUCUGAGCAUCGGCCGCCCCGAAGACCUUCCCCGGCCUCCCCGGGCCGCGGGCAGCAUCAGUAUCGCCAACCAGGGGCCCCACCCGCCCACCGGGACCAGCGCCGGCCCGGGAGGAGAGCCGGCGUCGCCCAAGCCGAGCCCCGCCCCGGAGGAGGGAGGCAAAGUUAAGACGUGGGGCGGAAGAGGGGCAGGAGGGGCCGCCCUGCACAGAGGCCCUGAGAGUGCAGCCUCUAAACCUCAGCCGUCUGGCUCCCCGGUACCAGCCGGGGUAUCGGGCGGCUCGUCCGCACCCCUGCAGCCCGAACCCGGAGUAGCCCCGAAAACGGACCAGCCAGUGGAGUCUCCCCAUCAGGCACCAGCUCCGCAGAGAGUGGACAGAAGGAUCGAAGACGUUCCGGAAAGCCCAGUGACCCCCCAGUCCUCUCCUCCUCCGCUGCUCCAGGCUGCCCCCCCCGGGGAUCCCAGCGAUCCUACCCAGACACCCCCAGCCCGGGACCAGAGGCCCCUGCUGGGGGGGCAGCCGCCAUUGGCCGAAUUAGGCCCGGCUCUGGACGGGGCGGCCAAUCAGAAGGAGGAAGGGGUUGAGCCGGCGCGCGGAUUGGAGGACGGGGAAGAGGGGGCGGGGUUGGAGGCCGGGCAGGAGGAGUUACUUCCUGUGCUGGGCGCCCAGCUUCCUCUCCACCGUGCCCAGGGCCCUGACAAUGUGGCCACAGAGCUUCAGUCAUCUGAUCCAGAAGCAACCAGAGCCCCUGGGGCUCCAUCCACACGGGAGCCCAGAUCAGAGGAGCCCUUGAUGGAAGAGAAGCCGGAGAAGGCUGCCCUCCCAACUCCAGCGCAGAGCAGAGCCGACAGGCAGACGGGAAGGGCAUUGGCCCCUGGGCGCCCACCCUCUCCGGGAUCACAGACUGUCCCCCCCAGAGCCCCCUCCACGACUCCCCAGGAACCCGCAGCUCAUGUCCAGAGCCCCUCUCAGGAAGAGCAGCCCCCACUGGCCCAUGCAGGCCCGGUUCCGGAUGAGAGCACCAAUGGGAAGGAGCUAGGGGAGGGGCCUGUGUCUGGAUUGGACGCCCCGCGGGAGGAGGCGGAGUCAGGGGCGGGGCAGGAGGAGGAGGAGGAGGUGUCCCUGGGCCCAGUGGUGGGCAUCCUGGACCGGGGCCCCGGGAGCACGGCCGCCGCGCCGCAGACGCCCAGCCCGGGGCCGGUCGGCGUUCCCCCUGCCCCGCGACCCAGAUCCGAGGGGGCCCCACCGGAGGCCCCCGCGGCGUCGCCGCCCCGGGACGGAGGGGACGGACCCACGGAUGCUCCCGCUGAAAGCCCGCCGCCCCCCCACCGCCAUCCCUGUCCGCCGCUGCCCUCCGGGGCUCCCCGCGUUGUCGCCCCGGAGCCCACACCCCGGGAUCGGAGCCCUUCCCCGGGGGGAGACCCCGCAGUGCCCGGCACGGUGAUCGGGGGAGCCGGGGGGAAGGAGCCUGUGUCCACACUGGAGGCUGUGGUGGGCCCAGUUGAGGACAGUGGCCCCGAGAGUGUGGCCGCUGUACUGCAGCAGCCUGAACCAGGUGUCGCCGCUGCCCUGUCUGCACAACAGCCUGGAUCGGAGGAAGACCGGAUCAUGGAGGGACCAACGGAGGCUCUCAGGUCAACUCCAGCCCAGGACGAAACAGGAAGGCACACAGCUGCUGUAAACCUCCUGGUGACCGAGCUGUCCCCAACUCCCCUGUCAGUUGGCUUUCUGGCCCCCAAAGUCCCUUUCACUGAUGCCCAGGAGCCCUUAUCCCGGGACCACACCCCCUCCCAGAGGGACGACACGCCAUUGGCCAAAACAGCCCCUGCUGUGGAGGAGGGAGCCAAUGAGAACGGCCUGGAGUUGCAGCAGGUGUCCGGAUUGGAGGCUGUGAUGGAGGAGGCGGGCUCUGCGCCGUGGCCGGAGGAAGUGGGCGCGGCGGAGGCGGUAGUGGGCGCCCAGGUCAAGGGCCCCCAGCCGUCUGGCCCAGGAGCAGCCAGUGUCCCCAGCGGCCCAUCUGCUCAGCCGCCCGGAUCAGAGUCCCAGCGGAUGGCAGAGAAAGCCCCAGAGCCUCCAUCCCCGGAAAGAGAAGGGAAACACCAGGAUGUCGCUCCGGAGCGUCCAGAGACCUCCCACCCCUCGGACUUCUCCCUGCCCCAGCCUGUCCUUCCCAUGACCCCCCGCGGCCCCACCCUCGGACUCUCGGCUGAGGUGCAGGGCCCCUCUGGGGGAGAGAAGACGCUAUUGGCUGCUGAGGGCCCGGUCGUGGACGAGGCAGCCAAUGAGGAGGCUCCGGAGCGGAAGGCCGGGUCUGGAUUGGAGCCCGUGAAGGAGGAGGCGGGCUCCGGAGGGGGGCAGGAGGAAGAGGAGGAGGCAGCAGUGGGCGCCCUGGACGGGGGUUCUAAAAAGUCUCCGGCGGCCCCCGAGGUGCCCAUGCCCGCCCCCCGCCUGAAGAAGAGGCUGAGCGCCUCCCUCUCCGACGGCCGCGCCCCCUCCCCGGCCUCGGUCACCCCCCAGCCCAACGGGCGAGCCCCGGCCAAUGAGAGGGCGGCCCCGGCCCCGGCGGCCAAUGAGCCGGUGGCUCCCAGGCGCUCCAGGAAGAGCCCGCCCACCCCCGUGCUCAGCCAGGAGCAAGGCACUGUGGGAGGCCGGGAGGCAGACAGGAAGGUGGACCCAGCAGAGCCUCCUGAGGUGAGAUGA